AUGGAUGUUUCCUCUAUAUGUUCUUUUCCAUCCUUUGGUAACGAAACGAUUCAUUCCAGCGCGUCAUUUACAAGGACUGAUGCGUUGACAAGAACUUUUUCUUCAGAUUCGGAUAAUAGCAAGAGUGUUCUACCCCCAAUAUCUUCUAUUUUAUGUCCUUUAACACAAUCCGUCCCUGUGAAAACAUCCUUGGGCCAUCAUGAUGACACUUCGAUAACUAUGCCUCCUCCUUAUUUACAGUCUUCUACCUCUAAACACCAUCCGGUGAAUUCUGAACCUCGACUUGAGCAUCAUGCGAGUCCUGUUAAUUCUCCUUCCGUUAUGAAUCAUGUGUCGGCUUCUCUUGAUAAUUUAUCACGAGGACAACCUUCACAGCAACAUGCUCAUUGCUUAAGGACUUCACAUUCAACUUCACCAAGUCCAAGUUUGAAAGAACAUAAUUCACCAGUCGUUCAUUCAUUAUUAAAUGUUCGUUCUGGUGAAUCCUCUUCUUCCCCAUCUCAACAGAUUUCCUCUCAAUCAAAAUCUGAAACUGUUGAUCAUCCUCAUGAAAAUAAUAUUCAUUUACAAGUAGCAUGUAUGCAUCCUUCAAAUAAUGGACUCGUUCAUCUUAAUGUUCAGCAUUCACAACCUCGUAACUCAUCAACAUGGGAGAAUCAACAAACAUCUCUCAUGGUUAAUGGUUAUCGAUCACCUCAAAUUCCACUAAGACCGCAACCAUCUUCAAAUCCGACAAAUGUAGUAAGUUUACCUGCCAAUGAUGAAUUGAAGCAAAGUCCUGCUCAAAAACCAUCAAUUCAAUAUGGUACUAGUAGUUUUCCUUCAGAGUAUCACCAUUAUCGCGCCUCUUUUGAAAAGGAUGUAUAUCAAUCAGUUUCUUUAAACAGUGAAAAGACUUCAGUUGAUUUGAAAAAGAUAAUUGACCAUUGCUCGUUAAUCGGACAAUUUGCAGCUCAAUACAGUGAUAUGCGCAGUCAAUCGGGAAAUAGAUCCUUAAAUUGGCCUACAACGAUUCCUAAUGAAUCUAAUAAUAUUCCUACGGAAGCUCACGUUACAGAAAUGAUUAAUAAAGCUUUUGAAGUACUUUAUGUGUUAAAUGCUUUAAAAGAUGAAACUGUAAAUCGUCGUGGACCGAGUGAAAUAGAACUCAUUAGGAACAAACGGACUACUUCAGGUGUUGCACCCACACGACCAAAAUAUCGAAAACGAACUAAAAGACCUGCUCCUCCAGGAAGAUGUCAUUCUUGCAACAUACAGGAAACGCCUGAAUGGCGUCGCGGACCUGAUGGUGCGAGAACCUUGUGUAAUGCUUGCGGACUGCAUUUUGCCAAGUUAACGCGAAAACGAGCUCAAACUGCCUUGCAAGAACAACAACGCGCUUUACAUGCUCUUCAUACACAUCCCUACGCACCACAGCAUAUGUUAGCAUAUUCUUCCAAAAUUACACCAUUUCCUGGAUUUCCGUCACAUAUGGUGACUCAUGGACAAUUAUUAACAUCGACCACUCGUAUUACUACUGAAAAAUGA